GUAGUCCGCGUGGACAUCGAAAUAAACAAUCCUUGUUAGAACGUUAACGUAGUUAUUUUUUUCAAUUAUUAAAUAUGUAAAUAAUCAACGUACACAACGACGAUGAAUAUAUCGAGCUAUGCAUUACGUAAUCGUUGCCUUCGUUAUGGUAAACGUUAUCGGCAUUAUAUAUUAUUAAAUCGAUCGAUUGAUGGCCAAUCGAUUCUUUGUAAUUGUUGUUUCUGUGAUGGCUGUAAUCUAUUUAUCAUUACAAUUAUAGUUUUAGCUAUAAUGUCAUCAUUGAUUUGCUUUUCAUUAUUCUGGUUUGAAAAUCAUAAUAAUUACCUGAUAAUGAAUCAUGGAAAUGCUAAAGAUAUUCAACCAAAUUCAUUUUAUUUACAAAAUUAUGUGCAAAUUGUUCAUGAAACAAAUGAAUCACGUCUUGGUAUGAUUAAUGAUGAUCAAGAUCGUGCGAAAAAAGAAUCCGGUUUUUCUUUAUAUGCAUUCAAUGCAUUAGUCAGUGAACGACUUGGUUAUCAUCGUCAACAUUUGCCAGAUACUCGACAUGAACAUUGUCGCCAAUCCAUUGAUAAAAAUAUUGACAUGAAUAUAACUAACACAUUGAAUACGACUGUGAUAAUUUGCUUUUUCAAUGAAGAAUUUUUUACAUUAAUACGUACCGUAAAUAGUAUUCUUGCUCGUACACCAUCGAACUUGUUGGCUGAAAUUCUUCUCAUUGAUGAUUCCAGUGAAAAUAAUGUGCAUUCUAAAUUUGAAGAAUAUCGAAAUAAUAAUUCUAUCGAUUUUCUUGAUGAUUUUCGACAUAAAAUUCGAUAUAUUCGUAUACCUGAACGUUCUGGCCUAAUUCGUGCACGUAAUUAUGCUGUACAAUUUGCUCGUGGUUCUGUUUUGUUCUUUUUGGAUAGUCAUUGUGAAGUAAAUGUUGGAUGGUUAUCACCCAUACUUGAACGAUUAUCAUAUGAUCGAUCAUUAGUUGUUUGUCCAAUAAUUGAUCUGAUUGAUCCAGAUACUUUUUUCUAUAAACCAUCACCGAUGGUACGCGGUGGUUUUAAUUGGGCCUUACAUUUUAAAUGGGAUUCCAUUCCAAGCGAUGAAUUGUUGACCAAAGAAGAUUUUGUUAAACCUAUCAAAUCACCUGCAAUGGCCGGUGGAUUAUUUGCAAUAGAUCGCCAAUAUUUUCAAAAACUUGGUACCUAUGAUUCAGGAAUGAAUAUAUGGGGUGCUGAAAACAUUGAAUUUUCAUUACGGAUUUGGAUGUGUGGUGGAAGAUUGGAAAUCAUUCCUUGUUCACGUGUUGGACAUAUAUUUCGUAAACGACGUCCAUAUGAUUCACCUGAUGGUCAGGAUACAUUGGCCUAUAAUUCAUUACGUGUAGCACAUGUUUGGCUUGAUGAUUAUAAGAAAUACUUUUUGAAAAGUCGUUCAGAUCUAGCAACAAUGUCAUAUGGAGAUAUUGAUGAUCGAAUUGAACUUCGGAAACGACUUAAUUGUAAAUCAUUCGAUUGGUAUCUUCACAAUGUUUAUCCCGAUCUUUUGGAUCAGAUUAAAAAUCGAUCAUCGAAUUCUAUUCAUACAUUGGAUAAAAAAAAUCUAAAUCUAUUUGUUCAUAAACAGCCGAAAAUAUUGGAUAAAUUUCGUUUACGUUUAAAUUCGACAAAUUUAUGUUUAGAAUCGGAAUCUGAACUUUCAUAUAAAAAAAGUCAUUUGCAUUUGCAACAAUGUUCAAAAUCAUCACGAAGACAACUAUGGAAACAAACCGAUCUUAAUGAAUUACGUAUGGGCAUGAAAGGAUGUCUGGAUUCAGGAUCACCAAACAAAAUUGAUUCAAUACGUUUAAAUAAAUGUCAUCAAAUGGGAUCUACACAAAAAUGGUCAUGGCCUAAAAUGACACAAAUAAAUAAAACAGAUAAACAAACUAAAGCAAUUCAAAUCUAUAACGAUGGAUCGGGAAUGUGUUUAUCAGCCAAAAAUAAUGGUAAUCAUUUUAAAGUGAUCAUGUCUUUCUGUAAUUUGAGUGUUGACAAUUCUACUAUUUUAAAUCAUUGGAUUAUAGUUGGCCAUUGAUUGAUUUUUUUUGUUUGUAAUUGAAA